CAACCUCGUCCUGGACAGAAGUUAGCUCAGUCAUUUCUGUUGUCCGAUGUAAUGUAAACACUUCUUAAUUAUUUGAGUUGGAGCUUUCAUCGUUUAGACAGAAGUCUGCUCUGGACUUAUGUAGGUUCAAAAACGCGUCUACUAACCCCGAUAGCUUGUGAACUGGAGCAGGAAUCUUUCAAACUUAGCUUAUGUAGCUAGCUGGCUAGCUCAACAGCACAGAGCCUCCAGCUCUUUCAGUUCCUCUCCUGCAAACGUGGUUACGUUGUAGUGAGUCCGAAUGUGUUUGAAGCCCGUAUGAAGUGUCUGCAGUCUGAUUAUAUUCAGCGAACUUGGUUAUUUUGUUUGUUAUUUUUCUGAAAACGUUGAGUAAAGGUAACUGCUAGCUCGCUAACCUGACGUUAGCGCCAUGGGAGCAGAACAAAGCGGCGAUGCGGAGCACAAACACUCCGACUAUAGCUCAUCAGUGGUGCCAUCUCCAGCAAAGCAGAAGGCAAAGAUGGAUGAUAUUGUGGUUGUGGCACAGGGGACCCAGUCCAUGAGAAAUAUCCACAACGACCCUGAUGUCAUCAAGCUUCAGGAGAUACCCACUUUUCAGCCACUUCUCAAAGGGGUACUGAGUGGCCAGACGUCACCCAGCAGCGUCUGUCUGGAAAGGUUGGAUGCUGCUCAGGUUUUGCAGCUUUGCAUCCGAUACCAGGACCACCUACACCAGUGCGCUGAGGCUGUGGCUUUUGACCAGAACGCCCUCGUCAAGAGGAUCAAAGAGAUGGACUUGUCAGUGGAAACCCUGUUCAGCAUAAUGCAGGAGCGACAGAAACGCUACGCCAAGUAUGCUGAGCAGAUCCAGAAGGUCAACGAGAUGUCCAUGAUCCUGAGACGCAUCCAGAUGGGCAUCGACCAGACGGUGCCGCUGAUGGAACGCCUCAACAACAUGCUGCCUGAGAGCGAGCGCCUCGAACCCUUCAGCAUGAGGCCUGAUGGGGAAUCUACCACCAAGUAGCCUCUUGACAACGAACACAGCUGCUUCCUACCUGAGUGUCCAUCUUGGAGAAAGUGCAGAUCUGUCCAGCUGUAGGGAAUCUAAGACUUGCAACAGCUAAAGGAAGCUUUUCUUUUUUCCUGGUAGACGUGGUGCUUCGCUGUAUAUGUUUGAGACUGCUUUGGUCAGCUCUCUAGGUCCAGUUAUUUUUAUUCUUUCAUUUAUCGCAGGAGGGUUUGCUAAACAGACAUGCCAAUAAUCAGUAACGUCCCACUCUACAGACAUAUUUAUAUCUGCCCAGACAAAGAGGCUGCUGCUGAUUAGUUGCAUUCAAGUUGACUGCAGGGAAUCAAACCCCAGUCCAUCUGUUUUCAUCUAAAGGCAGAGAAGGAGCAAAAACUUGUUACUGAAUCAGAAUGAUCACCACAUGCUCUAAAUACUUGUUCUGCAGAUCUUUUACCAGUUGUAGAGACUCUAUUAGUGAUGUGAGCGAUAUAGAAACAGAGAAAAUUGCUGCUGGAGAUUUAUGGACACCUCCCAAACCAUCAGAGCUGCUGAAGAACUUGCAGCAAAUUAAUUUUGGAUCUUGCACCUCACAUUGCACGUAUUUGUUGUGUUAUCUGGAUAUUCCUCUCGCUCCCACACCAUGUGCUUCGCUCACUGCUGGAAGAUUCUGUCCAGGAACUACUUGUAUGCAGAAUCACUGCUUUGAAUUUAAUGUUUUCUCUUGGGAUACUAUCAAGAAGAUUCUCACGUAAAGAACCAAGAAGGAUUGUUGCAGUCGUGCUACACAAGCAGCGCGGAUGUACAGUACAACAGACACUAAACCUGAAGCUUGUGAACUCGGAGUUUUGUGUGGGGAGAAAUUGACUUUAAUUUAUUUGGAUGCUUUUGCUUGAGCAGUUGUGUCGAGCCUGCCUGCAUGCAAAACAGCGAGACAAUGAAACAAUGGACUCGACAGAGACCCAGAUGCUUCUGUUUUUUAGGAGAUUGGUAUCAAAAAUGGAUGCAGAGGUAAAAAAACAAAACAUUUAGGACUCAACAGCUCUCUGACAAAAUCGCACUUUUUGAUCACUGUAGCAAAUUUCAGCAUUAACUUUGUAUAUUUGUUCGCUUGUGACAGCCAAACAUCACUCAUACCAAAGAUUCACACAUCUACAAACUGUUCACUAUUAUGAGGCAAUUUGACACAUUUUUGAUCCUUUUGAAGAAACCAACAAAGUUAACUUCACUACUUUAUCCAUCGAAUGGCUGUUGCUGCAUCAUAAGUCAACUCUCUACUAGGGGAGGAACAGUGUUUUUAAGAGCCGCUACCAAUACUGAUUAAUAAUAAUCAAGGAGAUUGAUAAUCAACAUAGAACUGAUACAUAUUUGCAGAAAAAUAAUUGAAAGUCUUGGUGUCAAAACUUAGAAUAACACAAACGCCAAAACAAAACUUUGUUAAAAUGCCUUGUUUAUUUAUGUGUCACGUCUGUUUAAUUAAAAGAAGCUGUUAAACCUUUCUUCCAUCGGUGUUGAUUUGAUGUUACUCAUGAAGUGUGACCAGUGAGGUAGGACUGUGGACGUUACUCAACAUCACAGAGUGAUGACUACAGAUAGAGAACGGCUAUCACAGUUUUUAAUAUUUAAAUAAUGUAUUUUAUUGGGUAAAUGGUGAUGAAUAUAGGAUCUGAUAAUUGGACAGGUCAAUAACCAGUUGACCUCUUUUGUUGAUUGAUGUUUAGUGACUAUUUGUCUGAGGGGACAAGUGGACCCAAUUUUUUGUUUUAUUUUUUCAAAGUUACUGGUGCCCACAGCAUUAGAAAUGAUAUUUAAAAGCAGAAUCAGCUGUCCAGAGGUAGCGCUCCUCUUAGUUCAGAUAUUCUGCUGUCAACAAUUUUUAUUGUUAAUGAUUAAAACUUUCAGCUAUUUCGUUA